AUGGGGUCUGGCAGAGUAGGAGACCUCCCCCCUACCGAAGAAGGGCCUCCGCUUCAGCUGCUGCACCUGCAGCAGCAGCAGCAGAAGCAGCAGCAGCAGCAGCAGCAGCAGCUAUCGAGACAUUCUUCUAUUGAGGACACACACAGGGAUGCGGCUGCUGCAGGGACAGGACCUGACGUGCAGCAGAAGUCUAGUGAUUCGGAGAGGCAGCUGCAGCUGCAGCUGCAGGGUUUGCAGCGGCAUGUGCAGCAACUUGAGCAAGUGGGGUCUCUGAAUGCAUGCAUUGACGACCUCAAAGCAAAGAACGACGAACUCGAAGCAGAAAGAACAAAGACGAAUCAAGAACUGCAGCAGCUGCGUCGGCAGCAGGUGCUUCUCUCUCGUGCAAGUGCGAAGGCUCAAGAAGCAGCAGAAGAAGCAAAGACAGAUAAGACAUCUCUUGCUGCCCAGCUGCAGCAGCAAGAGGCAGCAGCAGCAGCAGCAGCUGCUGCUGCUGCUUCAGACAAAAAGAAACUGCUGCAGCAGCUCCAAGAUGCGCAGCAGCAAAUCGAAGAGCACCAGAAAGAGCAGCACAGGCUGAGGAAGCAGCUAGAUAAGCUGCUGCUGCAGCAGCAGCAGCAGCAACAGCAAGAGCAGCAGAAGCAACAGCAGCUCGACGACGCCAGAGACACCUCAGCUGCUGCAGGCUCUGCUGCGGGUGAUGCAAACGCAGCAGCAGGAGAAGCAGCAGGAGAAGCAGUAGCAGCAGCAGCUGAUGCUGAUAUGGAUUCUGUAGCCGAGCACAAACCCCCACAGCCAGCAGCUGCUGCAACAGCAGCAAAGCAGCAGCAAGAGCAGCAGCCCCAAGAGGAUCAGGAAGAACAGCAGCAGCAGCAAGAGCAGCAGCAGGAGCCGCAGCAGCAGCAAGCGCAGCAGCAGCAAGAGGAGGAGGAGGAGGAGCAGCAGCAGCAGCAGCAAGAGGAGCAGCAGCAGCAGCAGCAAGAGGAGCAGCAGCAGCAAGAGCAGAAGGCGGGAGAUGACAGCAGUGAUGAGCAAGAAAAGGCCGGCGGCGGUAGCGAUGCUGAGAGUGCAGAGGCAGCAACACGCAGCAGCAGCAGCAGCAGCAGCAAGGGCAGCAGCAAGAAGAAAGGGAAGAGAAAAUUGAAGGAGAGCAGCAGCAACACAAAAAGGAGACGGCUGAAAAAGAACGACGCAGAUGGAGACACUUCAGCAGGCAGCACUGACGCUGAGCAGCAGCAGCAGCAGCAAGAGCAGCAGCAGCAGCAGACUGAGCAGCAGGAACAAGAGCAGCAGCAGGAAGAGAGCGAAGGCUUAGAACAGCAACAUCGCAAGACGCAGCAGCAAGAAGAGCAGCAGCAGCAAAACGCAGCAGAAAUAGAGACAGCUGCAGCAGCAGCAGCAAAAUCAACGAGCGGAACGCCUCACCAACCAAGCUCCCCUGCAGCAGCAGCAGCAGAAGAUGCAGCAGCAGAUGCAGCAGCAACGGCAGAAGCAACAGCAGCAUGCGAAGACACUGAAAAGCCUUCCCAGCAGCAGCACAAAGGAAGUGAAGCUGCAGCCAGCACCGAGGCUGCUCCUACCCAGCAGCAGCACGAGGAGGAGGAGCAGCAGCAGCAAGAGCAGCAGCAGCAGCAGCAGCAAGAGGACGCUGAGGACGGCAGCUGCUCAGGAGGGGCAGAUGCUUCACAGGAGGAGACAGGCUCUCCUGAACAAAUAGCAGCAGCUGCUGCUAGUGCUGCUGCGGGUGAAGCAGCAGCAGCAGCAGCAAAAGAAGCAGCAGCGGAGGCGAAUCCAGCAGGAGCAGCAACAGCAGCAACAGAAGAAGAGACAAAGGAAGCAGCAGCAGAAGAGACAGACGCGAGCAGCAGCGAAGAAGAUGUGCCUUUGGGGCAGCUGGCUGUUAAACGUGCUGCUGCAGCUGCUUCUUCUGCUGCAGCAGCAGCAGCAGCAGCUGGGAAGGGACGAAGAGGCCGAGGAGUAAACCCAACAAAGAAGAAGCAGCAGCAGCAAAGAGCAGCAAAAGGAGAGACGCAGAAGCGGAGACAGCAGACAGCAGCUAAAGGAGACAAAAGAAAAAAGAAUUAA